AUGGAUCCCUACUCGACCGAAGGCGAAUUAAUCAACAUUCACAACCACUUCCACCAGGGCCAGUAUCAGGAGGUCAUUGACUUUGAUACCUCUUCCUUCUCCCCUGAUAACGCUCUGCCCGCGCGCAUUCUUGUCCUCCGAGCUCGAUUGGCUCUUGGACAGGCAGAAGAUGUUCUCGAUGAUGUGAAGGGCGAUUCUCAGCCUGAGCUCCAGGCUCUGGGUGCUCUUGCUGAGUUCAAUUUGGGCAAGGCCGAUUCUGCGGUGGAGACGAUCGAGAAGCUGGCCUCUUCAGCUGCCGACAACACAACGGUCCAGGUUAUCGGAGGAACGGUUCUCCAAGCUGCUGGAAAAUCUGAAGAGGCUCUUGCUCUUCUCACUCAACACCAAGGAAGCCUCGACGCUGUCUCUCUUAUCGUCCAGAUCCAUCUGCAACAAAACCGAACCGACCUCGCUCUCAAGGAAGUAUCCGCCGCGAGGCGAUGGGCGCAAGAUAGUCUCUUGGUCAACUUGGCCGAGUCUUGGGUUGGAUUAAGAGUCGGUGGUGAGAAGUAUCAGCAGGCGUUCUACGUCUUUGAGGAGCUCGCCCAAGCUCCCUCGACCUCAUCAGUUCGAAGUCUUGUCUCGCAAGCUGUUUGCGAACUGCACCUCGGCCGAACAGAGGAAGCCCAAGCUGCUCUCGAACAGGCCCUGGAGAAGGACGCUAAUAACGCCGACGCGAUUGCCAACCUGCUGGUUCUCAAUGUUAUUUCCGGCAACCAGUCCGAUGAAUUCGCACAGAAAUUGAGGGGCAUCAAGCCUAACCAUCAAUUCUUGGCCGACUUGGAGGAGAAGAGCGCACUUUUUGACAAGGCUGCCACGAAGUAUAGCCCCAAGGUGUCGGCAUGA